AGACACAAGCUUAUUCAUUGGAGAUCAAGUACUACUACUAAUAUUUGUAUUUGGUUAGAGUGACAUUGCAAGCUCUUCUUCAAAAGUUGUUCCAUCAAAAAAAAAAAAAAAGCUCUGCUUUAAGUUUGAGAGAGAAAGAAAAGACAAAAGAGAAAUGGAGAGAAGCGAAGAGAGGAAGCGUUUGCAUUUUCUGCCAAUACUAGUGAUAGUUGUAGUACUAAGCUUGUGUCAGCUUUCGGAGGCAGCGAUAGGACUUCAAACGCCGAUGAAGUUGAGGCGUAGCUUUUACAAGUAUUACAAUACUUGUAAAGAUGCAGAGGCUUAUGUCAACCACCAAGUGCAAAUAUCAUGGAAAUCUGAUAAAAGCAUCGUUGCAAAGCUCCUACGCCUCACUUAUUCUGAUUGCUUUGUCACUGGAUGUGAUGCAUCAAUUCUUCUAAAUGGUCCAAAAUCUGAGAAAACUGCCCUUGAAAAUAGGGGACUUGGAGGGUUUGCUUUAAUAGACGAUAUCAAGAAAGUCCUUGAAGAAAGGUGCCCAGGAGUGGUCUCUUGUGCUGAUAUUCUUCAACUUGCCACUAGAGAUGCCGUUCAUUUGUCUGGUGGACCAUCUUACAUCAUCCUUACCGGAAGAAGAGAUGGAAUGACAUCAAGUGCUUCAUCAGUUAACAUUCCAUCUCCAUCCAUGUCAGUCAAUGAAACACUUGCAUACUUCAACUCUAAAGGUUUAGAUGUGCGAGACAUGGCUACACUUCUUGGUGCACACACAUUGGGAAGAACACAUUGUCGUAACAUCGAAGACAGGCUAUACAAUUUCAAAGGAACCAAAAGACCAGACCCAACCAUGAAACCUGAAUUGGUACAGUCAUUGAGAAAACAGUGUCCAGAGAGACUAAGGAAAGGGCAAAGCGACCCACUAGUGUACUUGAACCCGGAAUCUGGCAGCCAUUACAGUUUCACAGAAUCCUUCUAUAGAAGAGUUAACAAUAACCAAGCCAUCCUUGGAGUUGAUCAGCAGUUGCUCUAUAGGGAGGACACCAAAGACCUUACUGAUCAAUUUGCCGCUAGUCUUCAAGAUUUCAAGCUAUCAAUCGCCCUUUCAAUGAAUCGAAUGGGAAAUAUAAAUGUUUUGACUGGAAAUCAAGGAGAGAUACGUCGGACUUGCAGCAUCACAAAUAAGGAUAACCCUCUUCUCAAAUAGAUAUGGUUAUUAAUUUACUGGGGUUAAUUAUUUUGGGACGGGUAUAUUUCAUAUAUAUUGGAAUUACAAACAAAAGGGUCAUAUUUAAGCUUUUGUGUGAUUUUGUUUUUUUCUUGUUUUGGGACUACUUGUAGAGAAAUAACUCUUAUUAUUAUUAUUAUUAUUAUUAUUAUUAUUAUUAUUAUUAUUA